AUGGUUGCUUUGGAAACAACACCCACCACAAUAUGGGCAAAAAGAUUUGUGGCGGAAAUGUGGAAAGCAGAUUUCGAGGCGACUCGAUUCGCGCAGAGACUCUUUGAAGAUGUGCGCACGAAUGCGUUUAAUGGCACAUAUCUUUCAGAUUUAAUUGCCGAAUUACUACGAGCGGCCACGUUGAGCAGCUCGUCCGACCCUCGCGCAUUUCGAUGUAUCGUAUUUCUCAUGCACAAUGAACAUUUCUCUUGGGCUGAUUUUCUAAACGCGGUGACAGAUUUCAAAAAAUUCGACAAACCACGUUGUUUGCAAGCACUUUUGUUGUGUUUACAAAAGCUCGAUGGCGAGAUUAAAUGUGAUAGUCGAAAACCAAUCGAAUGCCAAAGACUCGCCGACGCCACAAUAAAUGUCUUUAUUUGGAUCUCGAAUGGAAUUGAGAAAUGUGCCGCUGAUCCCGAUUUGUGUGACUCGCUUGAACUUCUCGUUAAUGCAUUUCUAUUCUGCAAAGACGAUGGCUUUGUGGAGAAUAUUUUGCAACUUCAAGAAGGAAAUACAGAUAUACUCAGCUCAAUCGUUCAACCAAUUUGUCGAGCCACCGAACUAAUCAACAACGGAAAGCUCCAGUAUUUGGGCCAAGAAGUGAAAAGUAUUUUCAAGCUAAAACCCUAUGAACCAAUGGAUUACAUGAGGAACUUCUUGAACGAGAACUCGGGAGCCAUGCGAACCCUGGCCGGCGUAUUUUCCUGUUUCCGAGUCGUUUCUCCAGUGAAUGAAAUUGUGUCAACGGUUCGAAUGGUGGCCUCCACGUUGAAAAUCUCAAUGAAAUCAAUGGCAAAAGAUUUCAUCUACACUUGCCUAUUGACACAUUUGGAUGAGAUGAAAUCCGUGUUUGUCGACUCAUUUCUAUUGAUAAAAGUGCCCAGAAUCUUGGCUACCAUUAAGCAAGAACUAUUCUGGUCAAACGAGGAUAUGGAAAGGAUUCUUCAUGAGGUUCUCACUGAAGGGAAACAUAUUUUGGAUCUCUUCGAUCAGGAAACAACACUAUUGGUUUUUCUUGUCACUUUGUCAGAAGCCGGUGUGAUCUCGAAGCAAUUCUCCGAACAUGUCACGAAUGCAAGAGGCCAUCACGUUCACAAAGAUCAUCGAAAACAUCUGACAUGGAAAGCGCUCGAGGCUCGAAAUGUUAUCAUCAAAACGUGGAAUAAUGAUGCUUUUUUGAGUAUUCUCUCAAAAAUGGUGGGCAGCGGUGGAAUCGCUUUUGACUCGGUUUGCGCCACUUUUUGCUCAGAUGGAAACGUGGUCGAGUUUAGCAACAAAAUUGCGAGACUCAAUUUCACCGCUGAAAAGCCCAAUCAAACGCUUGACUCGGAAACAAGGGCAAAUUGCUUUGAUCUCACCUUUUCACUUCUUUAUCGAAUGCUGCAAUCGUUUACAAGCUUGAAGUUUGAAGAAAUCGUUAACGGAUGCAGUCCUGAUAAUUUGGAUCAAGGGAUUUUCUGUCGAUGGGCAAACGAAUCUGUGAGACGAUUGGGAUUACCGAUCAAACACAAACCGGUGACGGCUGACGACAAGGAACGAAACCGCGAGAAUUUCGCCCUUUUGCGCGAUCGAGGUCUUUUCUGGGAUCCGAUCACGGUUGAUUACGCUGAAGUGAUCAACUCAAUGCCGGCUAUCUGUGAAGUGAUCAUCGAUCAAUUCAACGAGAAUCGAACUCAUGCCGAGUAUGAAUUCAAACAAAUCAUUGUUAGAAGCUUCAGCACCGCAUCAUUUUUGGUUAUCUGCAUUGUACAGUGGUUGGACAGUCAACCAGAUUCGGAAGUCAAAACGAUGAUGGUGCGAGCGUUGCGCUGUUGCAUGGACGAAUUGAAUCCAAUGGAGAACAACCCACUACCGCUAUUCAUCCGCCAAUCAUGCCAUCUUGUUGUCGAUGAAAUGCUUUCGAAUGAGCCCGUUGUUGACACUUUAGCCUAUACAGUGAUCGUUAUGUCUGAGCGAAAGCUACCGCCAAUCAGAACUUAUCAGAUCCCCGAGAGACAGAGUCUGAAAUGUGGCUGGUUUCACUCACAGAAACAAUCGUGGGUUUCCCCGCCGGUUCUCAAGAUGUUAGACCAUUGCAAUCGGGCGGGUCGACAGAAAUACUGGAUUGAGGUCUUCAUGCACAAUAUGCUCAAAAAUAAGACGGUCGAUGAACUUUUGGCUGCUGGAGAAAUGAUUCUAGCGUCAGCACUGAUGGACCCGGCGAGAUCUCUGGUGGCUUUAUGCCAAUGUUUGAUUGAUUAUCUCAUUCCGGAGGUCGAAGAUGAGCACAAAGUUCGCUACGAACCGCCACACGCGUUGCCUCUUGCUCGACUCGUUGUCAAUGUCUUAGUUUUAUCCGAAUGGGUGAUUGCGGAAGGGAAAAGGCGAGCACAAGACAAUGAUUUAAUAUCAGGAGAGUCUGAGCGAAAGAGAAGAAGAGAGGAUUUUGUGCCAACACCAUAUCCAGAGUCUGAGAGAGCAGUGAUUGAGGAAUUGGAGCAAACGGUGCAGUUCGGAAUUCACAAGCUCGCGAAGAAAGUCGCUGAAGGUCUACUGGUCCCAGUGAUUUCAUUCAUCUCACAUUUCCUCGUUCAAUUGGCCUCACAGUCUCCUCCAGAGAACGCUCCACAUCGAGAGGCCUGGCGAUCACUUGUCAAGAAGAUUCCGAGGGAUAUGCUGAGCAACUUGGCUGUACUGGAGCCAAAUUCCGUCUCCCUCUCACUUUUCGAUGUUUUCUGUGAUGUCAAUGAUCCGAAGAGUCGACAAGAACGUCUCCAAUUUGUUUGCCAUAUGAGACUUCAUGGAGCUGUA